CGGCCGCGUUGCAAAACGGCCAGAGACACAAAAAGCCAAUUACUCACUAAUAAGAAAAAAGGAUACAUUGCUAGAAGUUGCUGUUUCUCAAGUUUCGAGCUUUGUUUCACAGCAAGCUAUUGUGUCAAUCUUUGUAUUUGUCUGUACCCAAGUAUUUUUCACAUACCGUGAAACAUUUGAAGACGCUAAACAUUUAGUGAUGAAUGGGUCAAAGUUCGAAAACAGAACUACAACUUACAAUUUAGCUCUACUGAAUAAAUCGACCAUUGAACCUAACUGCACGACGAAACGGUAAUUUCGAGCCAACAAGGAACAAAGCCUCUCUCGCAAGAAGAGAGAAUAUCAUAGAAGCCGUAAACCGUUGUGAAUUUACACCGAAAGACGCAACGCAAGACGCAUCUUUUGCUGAAGCCGCAAUCCGUAAAAAAAAUCAUAACAAAAUCCGGAGGCCGCGCGUUAAAAUAGGGUACAGACCGCAAAUCCGCAAACCUAUAAUAGGCCCCAUCUAUAUCUUUAUCAUAUGUGACAUGAAGUUCUACUACGCCACUGGGCACAGUCUCAACGGGGAAGUUCCUGUUUCGUCUAACAAUGACGUUAGGGCAUGUGUUUGGCUUAGAUUGCGUAGUGUAUUGAGAAAUCCUGGAACCAUUGUUUGACUUAGAACAGGUAUAUCACCAGUCUACAUUUUGCAAAGCGGAAAAAAACAACGAAAGACUCAUGGCAGCUUCGAUUUUAAGAAGUAACGCUGUAAAAACAAUGGAACUGACACUAAAAAGGGGAAAUAAUUUCAGCCAACAAGAAAGUACAGAAGACAAAGGUGAGAUGCUUGAUAUUAGCAGAGCAGCAGAUACCGCUUCAACGACGAUCCUUCACCUUAAACAUUCGACACGAUCAAAGCGAUUGGCUGUUGUAACUGUGCUUCUCAUUGCAACUGUCGGUCUUGUGCUUGGCAUUGUUAUCUGGCGCCUGUCAUCGAAGAAGGACAAGCAAGGCGGCAGAGGAAACACACUUCAGCCUUCAAAGUCUCCUUUUGGGUGUCACCACAGUUUUCUGUCGCAUUCUGGCAAUUUCACGUCACCUGGAUAUCCAAAGUAUCCAGUUAACCAAACAUGUCGAUAUCGCCUUACUGUACCAAUAAACAAAGGAAUCAGAGUCAAUUUUAUUGUCUUCUCAUUGCCACAGUCCGUUGCUUGCAAAUAUUAUGGGUCAGUAAAGAUAUAUGAAGAUGGGACCCUUAAAGCAAAACUUUGUGGCAAUGGAUCAAGGAUAUUCCAAUCCUAUGGCAACAGCGUGGUUAUUGACUUGCAAAUAGGAUCUGAUAAUGUUAAAGGAUACAGUGGGUUUCAGGCAACUUUUACAGCUACUGAAAAAGUUUGCAAUUACACUCUGAGUCUUGGGUCUCCUUACUUCAGUUCACCAGGAUACAGUCGUUUCAGUUCCCCUACUAACAACUAUCCAAGCAACAUCAAUUGCUAUUUUCAUAUUGACACUCCACUUUCACACGUAGUACGUUUGAACUGGCAACAAAUGGAUAUCGAAUAUGGAAAAUACUGUGGAUACGAUUCGAUUAAAGUCUACGACAAUAAGACUCUAGGAAAAACUCUGUGCGGAAAUUACGCAGAAAAUUGGAUAUCAAAAAGCAGCCGUGUAUUGGUUGUUUUUAAAACCGAUGGGUCAGUCACUGGUAGAGGAUUCAUAGCAAGAUACAGUCAAGUACACAGAUCCUGCUUUCAAACAUUCACAUCUGCGACGGGCAGCUUUACAUCUCCUUCCAAUAACAAGUAUCCUGAUGGUUUAAACUGCAUUUAUCGAAUCAACGUACCCAAAAACAAAAGCGUCAAGAUUAAUUUUGAAGUCCUUGGCUUGCCAAAUAAUUGUCGCGAGGCUUCUGUGGUUCUUUACGAAAAUAAUCCAAGGCCUUCUUAUAAAACUGAAAAGGCAGUUUUUUGCGGCUGGGGACCACGGACGUUUCAGUCAUUAAGCAACGAUGUGUAUAUCAAAUUUCGACCAUCAAAUGGCAACUUUAGGAAUUUUUAUGCAACUUACGAAGCAAUAGAAAAAGUUUGUAACUACACUAUCAGCAUUGAUUCGCCAAGAUUCUCUUCACCCAAGUUUCCUGACAACUAUCCAAACAGUGUUUAUUGCCAAUAUCACAUCAAAGUUGACUAUAACAGUGUGGUAAGAAUUGACUUCGAAAAGUUUUACCUUCAAUAUAGUCCAUCUUGUGAAAACGAUGCUGUUAUGAUAUUUGAGAAUGGCGUUCUAAGAGAUAAGUUUUGUGGAUACUAUUCUUCAAAGAGCUGGUAUUCUACGAGUCAUUCUGUCACGGUGGUGCUGAAAUCAGAUGGUUCUACAACAAGAUCCGGGUUCAUUGCUUCGUACAGACCUGAAAGAAAAUACAUCGAUUACUUGUUGGAGUCAGUUUCCGGCAGUUUCACAUCUCCUGGUUUCCCUGCGAAUUAUUCAAGCAACGAGGGAACUAGCUACCAGAUCAUAGUACCAAAUGGGAUGGGAAUUCGAGUCGACUUUACAACUUUUUCUCUUCAGCCAUCAAACUCUUGCCAAUAUCAACACGACCAAGUAGAUAUUUACGAAAUAUUUGGAGGAGCUUUCAAUUUGAAAGAGAGAAACUGUGGCCAAGGAGCUAGAUCUUUCCUCUCAUACAGCAACAAGGUGCAUGUGUAUUUCAAGUCGUCGCCAAAAAGUGGCAAUCGCUUUCAAGGGUUUUAUGCCACUUUUAAUGCAACUGAGCCAGUCUGCAAUUAUAGCUUAACUGAAACGUCUACAAUGUUUACGUCGCCCGGUUAUCCAGACCAGUACCCGAGCAAUGUUUCUUGUCGAUACCACAUCCGAGUUCCUGAUGGCAAGAUUGUAAGAAUCCAUUUCGAGACGUUUUUGCUCCAGGCUGGAAUUUUUUGUGCUGAAGACUCAGUUAAAAUUUACGAAAACAACGCACUGCAAGAAACACUGUGCGGAUACCAACCGAAAACAGUAUGGGAGUCAAAAGAGAGUCAGGUUUUGUUGGUUUUCAAAUCCGAUGGCUCCAUUACAAGUAGAGGAUUUAGUGGCUACAUUACACUUGCAGACAAGCCUGUUCAUCUACCAUUUGUGGCAAAUUCUGGAAACUUUUCCUCGCCUGGUUACCCUGGGAAUUACCCAAAGAACGCCCGAUGGAUAUACCACGUGACAGUACCAGUAGAUCAUGGAAUCCAGAUCGAAUUUCCUGUUUUCUCUUUACGACCUUCACUUUAUUGCCAAAAUGAUUCUGUAAAAAUUUACGAGGGGGGCAGAUUUGCCAGCAGUGACAAGGCAUCGUUUUGUGGCAAUGGACCAAAGCAAUUUCAUUCGUACAGCAACAGCAUCUAUGUAGACUUUCGUUCUUCUUCCGAGCACAACAAUGUGUAUAAAGGCUUCCAUGCAAUAUUUGGCGCAAUCUCGAAAGCGUGCAACUACACACUGGCCGGAGCAUCAAGGACAUUUGCUUCUCCUGGCUAUCCAAACAACUUUCCGAAUUACGUUUACUGUAGCUAUCACAUCAAAGUUCCAAUCAACAAAGCAGUGAAGAUAAAUUUUUCAAGUUUCUUGCUACAUCAAAAGUCCACUUGCAAAAAUAACUCCAUCGCAAUUUUUGAAGACAAUAUCCUAAAGAAAACACUAGAUUUAUGCCGCUCUCCAGUCUCUUGGGAGUCCAGAGAUAACCAAGCAUUGGUGGUAUUUCGAUCCUCCACAGGAGCUGCAUUUCAUGCUUCAUACAGCGCAGUGGAAAAACCUUGUUGGUACAAAAUAACUUCAUCUUUUGGCAAAUUCACUUCACCCGGCUACCCUGGCAUUCACUCGAGUAUUAAAAAAUGCAUCUACGAAAUAACUGUUCAGCCUGAAAACGGAAUAAUAAUCAACUUUCCCAUCUUUUCAAUCCACGAAACAAUGACAUGUUAUGAUGAUUCAGUCGAAAUUUUUGAAGAAAACAUGGAGGUUUAUAAUUUAAAAGCAACUUUCUGUGGUCUAUGGCCAAGGACUUACCGGUCAUACAGCAACAGAGUUUUUGUCGUAUUAAAGACUUCUUCAAAAUAUGGAACGCAGUCCAAAGGUUUUUCUGCCAACUUCGCAGAAUCUAAAAAAGCAUGCAAUUAUACAAUAUCUAAUGGAUUAUCGUACUUUACUUCCCCUGGCUACCCAAGCAGCUAUCCAAACGAUGUGAAAUGUCACUAUCACAUACUGGCUCCAUAUGACAGGGCAGUUUCCUUGAAUUUUAAGAAAUUCUCACUGCAACCUGGAAGAUCGUGCACAAACGACUCACUAACAGUUUCUGAAAAAGGUUUUUUUGUGAAAAGCUUCUGUGGAGAGAAGGGUGCCUUUACAUGGACAUCACGAGGUAGCUUAGUAACAAUGAUAUUCAAAUCGGAUUCCUCAAGUACCAGUUCUGGGUUCUAUGGCUAUUAUUCAACUGCUCAUAAAGCUUGCUACAAAUCUUACGAAUCAAAGACUGGUUCAUUCACUUCUCCUGGCUUCCCGGAACAUUAUCCAAGCAGUGCCACUUGUGAAUAUCUAAUCACAGUCGAAGAGCGAAAAAUGGUCAUGAUCGUUUUCUCUGAAUUCGAUUUGCAGUACGUUAGCGAAUGCCGCAAUGAUUCGGUACAAAUAUUCGAUGCUACAGAAUCCGGCUAUACGCCAGCAGCAAAGUUUUGCGGAACCGGGAAAAGAGAAUUCCGGUCCAAAGGAAAUCGUGUCCUGGUCCGAUUUACCUCUGAUUUGACGAUUUCCCGUUCUGGAUUCGCAGCUACGUAUUAUUCGCUUGAAAAUAACUGACUUACCCUAUUCACCACGCAAUACAAAGACUAAAAGAACUAAGGGAAAUACUUUUUUGGCUUGAUUGGUUUUACUUAGGAACAUACAAUGCGGCAAGAAAGGCGAAACAAUACGACACACAAGCCAUCAAGUGCAUAACUUUUAUCUUAGUAGCUGGAUAUAAUCGCUUCAUAGAUAACUAUUAUCUUGCUUUUGCUGGCUUACUUUUAAAAUAUCACCUGGAAACAA